CGGCGCCUGCGGAAUCCUGCAGGGACAGGGAGGGAUCCAGCAAGAGGAAGUGGGUCCCGUUGUAGUUCUUGGGAUUAAAUGACCACUGUCCUGAAAGAGCUUGGAUGAGGGGCAGAUCUCUGCACUUUUCCCAGAAGAACCAGAAAUGACCAAGUCCCUGGGAUCGGUGUCUUUCAAGGAUGUCACUGUAGACUUCAGCAGGGAGGAGUGGCAGCAACUGGACCUCGCUCAGAAAAGCCUAUACACGGAUGUAAUGCUGGAAAACUAUUUCAACUUGAUCUCAGUGGGGUGUCAAGUUCCCAAACCGGAAGUCAUAUUCACCUUGGAGUUGGGAGAAGAGCCUUGUAUGUUGGACGAUGGAAUCUCCAGCCAGAGCUGUCUAGAUCAGAGUGUUGGUUUCGAAACAUCACAACAGGGGAUGUCGGAAGAAGUUUCCGUCCAUUUUGAGAGAAUGAAUCUCUUCACAAGAGAUGACCCAUACUCCGUUCUAGAAGAAUUGUGGCCGGAUGGUGAACAGACAGGGAAAUGUGAGGAAAACCAGAACAAACAGUUAAGUCAUGUCACCUCCAUCGACAAAGACACACUAGCUAAUGAGGACUAUGAAUAUAAUGACAGUGGGAAAAUAUUUCAUGUAAACACAUACCUUGUUCCUUCAAGAAGAGGACUCCAUAAUUAUGACUCAUUCCGAAGGAGUUUGAAGCCUAUUGUAAGCUUAGGUAGUUAUAAUAGAAACAGUGCAACGGAAAAUUUUGAUAAAAUUAUUCAAUAUGGUAAUAUUUUCCCUCAUAUGAAUUCUCAUGCAGAGACAAAUGCCUGUGAAUAUAACCAGUAUAAGAAACUGCUGAGUCAAAUGCAAGUUCUCAUUCAACAUCAAAAAAUUUAUGCUGGGGAGAACCUCUGUUUAUUUUCUGAUUUCAUAAAGCUUUUCUCCCAUAAAUCACACCUUUUUGCACAUCAAAGGAUUUAUGCUGAAGAGACACAUCAUGAGUGCAGCAACUGUGAGACAGUCUUCUCUCAGAAGCCCCAACUUGCUGGGCCCCAGAAGGUUUAUACAGGAGCGAAACCCUUUAUAUGCACUGAAUAUGGGAAGGACUUUUCCCUCCAUUCAAACCAUGAGGAAACUCAUACCGAAGAGACGGACUGUAUAUGCAGUGCGCAUGGGAAGGCCUUUGUCCAGAAGUCAGAUCUGUUCAGACAUCAGAGAAUGCGUCCCGGAGAGAAAAAAACCUAUGAAUACGGUGAAUGUGGGAAAAAUGUGUCUCAGAAUUCAAACCCCAAUGGACAUAAAAAAGUUCGUCCUGGAGAGAAGCACUUUGAAUGUACUGAAUGUGGAAAAGCUUUCACUAGGAAGUCGACACUCAGUAUGCAUCAGAAAAUCCACACGGGAGAAAAACCCUACGUAUGUACUGAAUGUGGGAAAGCCUUUAUCCGAAAGUCCCAUUUUAUUACACAUGAGAGGAUUCAUACUGGAGAGAAACCUUACGAAUGCGGUGACUGUGGGAAAUCCUUUAUAAAGAAGUCACAACUCCAUGUGCAUCAGCGAAUUCACACAGGAGAGAAUCCCUUUAUAUGUUCGGAAUGUGGGAAGGUCUUCACCCACAAGACCAAUCUCAUUAUACACCAGAAAAUUCAUACUGGUGAGAGACCUUAUAGAUGUACUGAAUGUGGGAAGGCCUUUACUGACAGGUCAAAUCUCAUUAAACACCAAAAAAUUCAUACUGGAGAGAAACCCUAUAAAUGCAGCGACUGUGGAAAGUCAUUCACCUGGAAGUCCCGGCUCAGGAUACAUCAGAAAUGUCACACUGGAGAGAGACAUUACGAAUGCAGUGAAUGUGGGAAGGCGUUUAUUCAGAAGUCAACACUGAGUAUGCACGAGAGAAUUCAUAGAGGAGAAAAGCCCUAUGUUUGCACUGAAUGUGGGAAAGCCUUCUUCCACAAGUCGCAUUUUAUUACACAUGAGAGGAUUCACACUGGAGAGAAACCUUAUGAAUGCAGUGACUGUGGGAAGUCCUUCACUAAGAAAUCGCAGCUCCAUGUCCAUCAGCAGAUUCACACGGGGGAGAAACCCUACAGAUGUGCUGAAUGUGGAAAGGCUUUCACUGACAGAUCAAAUCUCUUUACACACCAGAAAAUUCAUACUGGCGAGAAGCCCUAUAAGUGUGGUGAUUGUGGGAAGGCCUUCACCCGGAAGUCAGGCCUCCACAUCCAUCAGCAGUCUCACACUGGAGAAAGGCGCUAUGAGUGCAGUGAUUGCGGGAAAGCCUUUGCGAGGAAGUCGACGCUAAUUAUGCAUCAGAGAAUUCACACAGGAGAGAAACCUUACAUUUGUACUGAAUGUGGGAAGUCCUUCAUCCAGAAGUCGCACUUAAAUCGGCAUCGGAGGAUUCACACUGGAGAGAAGCCCUAUGAAUGCAGUGACUGUGGGAAGGCCUUUAUUAAGAAGUCACAACUCCAUGAACAUCAUCGAAUUCACACAGGAGAGAAACCAUACGUGUGUGCUGAAUGUGGAAAGGCCUUCACCAUCAGAUCCAAUCUUAUUAAACACCAAAAAAUUCAUGCGAAACAGAAAUCCCAUAAAUGCAGUGACUUUAGGAAAGCCUUCAGCUGGAAGCCACAACUCGGUAUACAUCAGAAACCUGACGCUGGGGAAGUAGGAUGCCUAAUGCCACAGUCAUGGCGUGGGGAUACAAAGUUGUGAGAAGCUAUAGCUUGACUGAGAAGCAAGAGGUAACAAAAGUCAACUUUGUCUGGUCAGAAGUAUGAGUACGUGGCUGAUGCCCAGCUCUGCAUGUAGGGGGAGACAAAAGUACUUAAGCAGUGUAUUGUGGCCAUGCUUGGUUACUCGACAGACACGGGGAUUGUCAGGGCUCCUGCAAAUAAUAGUACACGUGCAAGGAUUUGACUUGGCAGUUUUUCCUGUUUCACAUUUUGGAUAAGCAGCUUUAUAAAAUCAAGGGUGUUGAAUUUUUCAUGCCGUGGGUAGCAAAAAUAUUCAAUGUUUUGACCAAAAUACUUUCUUAAUGAAUAGACUUCUGAGAAAAAUCUUCAUUGUCCAAGCGCCCUAAGGACACUGAGAUCAAGGCAACAGUGCAGACAGUUCAGGUCUACAGUGAAGAGAAGCUAGAUGUUUUUGUGAAAAUUGACAUUAAAGUUAUCUCAAGAGGCACUUGGGAAUUGGUUGAGGAAUGGAUGAUGGGAAAUUAUCAGUGGAAAAUGAGAGCUAAAUCUUAAAUAGGCGAACUUCAAGGUCAGUAUGGAUUGACUGGGGGCAAUGUGGGAUACGGACUUGACUAGGAAAGUAGUAUGAGUUAGCCAUGUCUUUUUAUGCCAGUACUAUGAUAUAGUUCAUUUGUAUUUAUAGCAAAACUAUUUUAAGACAGUUAUACAAUAUACAUUUUUUAAAUGCACUUUAUUUAAUUUUUCAUGAAGGAAUCUCAUUCUGUGAAUUCAGUAAAUGUAAGAAAACUUUUACUCAAGCCAGUAUUUAAUUAUGCAUCAGGUAAUUCAUAGCGGACAGGACUUCUUUUGUCUGAUUAAAUAUGGGUAGCACGCAGUCACAAAUAAAUACUUCAUUACGAAACUCAUUUUGGAGAGAAAAACCUAUAAAAGCAGUGACUGAAAGACACUAUACCUGGAAGUUAUCAGAAAAUUUCUGCUAGAGCAAGAUGAAUAUAUUAAAUAUGGGAAUAGCUUCAUUCAGAAAUGUUUUCAGUAUUCAGUAUUUAUACACGAGUAAAACUGUGUAUUUCUUGAAAGUGAAAAAGUCUUCUCACCAAAAUCAGAACCAAUUAUAAGUUACUCCUACUACAGAAGAGCCCUAUGAUUAUUGUAUAUUUUAUGUCAAAAAGUCUUUGUCCAUGAGUUACAGCUUACUGGGUAUUAGGUAAAUAAUUGAGAAGAAUAAAUCUUCAAAGAACACAUUUUCUUCAAAUGCCAUAAAAUUCAUACCAGGAGGAAACUAUAUUUGAUACAGUGGAAGAAGCCUUUCUAGAAGCAAAUUACACAUGAAAUAUGAUUCAUUUUGUUUACUAGUUUAAUUUCACACCCAUGUCUCUAGAACCUAUGGGGACAAAUACACUAGACCAAUGAUCACCUUUCUUUUAAUUAAAAAAUAUAUAUAUUUAAACACCCAUGCACACACAUAAAACUUUGAUAAACAUGACUUUUAUAUUUUAAUCUCUUGAAUUUUAUACUUUCUCCAUUCAGCAACUCCAGCCAUCAACAGUCAACAGAUAAGCAGUGUUGAUGAACUUCUUGUAAUUUUUUCUUUUUACUCACAAUCGUGUAAAGAUACAUUCAUAUGUUACCAUGUGCACAUAUAUAUGAGUGUGUUUCCAUUGUCUUAAGCUGGGAUUAUAUCAUAUACACAGUUUUGCAUCUUUUGCUCUCAACAGUACUAUCAACCAACUGAAGUGUCCAUGGUAUGGACAUGCCAUAAUUUGUUCCAGCACUUUACCACUGUUUAUUCACAUUUUUGUCACUAGGAAAAGUGAUCUGAUAACCAUCUUCAAGAGGUGACAUAGCAUAGGGGUUAGUGGACAGGCAUAACCAUACCCUUACCUACUGGAGCUUUUUUUCCCUUUUUUUCUUCCCUGUAACAUACUUCUUAGGAGUGAGACUGUUGGACUGAACAGUGUUUUCUCAUUUUAAUAGAAGUUGCUGAAUUUCUCUGGAAUAGGACUAGCAUUUUGUAUUUCUAACACUAGUAUAAAAUGUGCCCUUCCCCUCUGUUAAACAUAGCUGUUACUUUUUAACUUAGCAGAGUUUUAUGAUUUCAAAGUGGUAACUAGUUUUAUUUUAAUUUGCAUAUUAAUACGCCUCUUUAAAUGUUUCUUAGCUACUUUCUUUGCUAAUAUGCAAGUUGCCUUUAUAAACCAUUUAUUCAUACAUUUUUGUUUUUGGAUUGUCUUGUCAAUUUGUGACAGCUUUUUAUAUAUUAAAGGUAGUAAUUCCUUUAAAAAAAAAAAAAACCGUAUUGCUUGUCCCUUGACCUUGAAUAUAUUUUCCCAUUCCCAUUUUAUUUUUUACAUGUUUAAAUACGCCCAUCUAUUCUUUUGCAGUUUCUGAAUUUCUAGUCUUAGUUAAGCUUCAAGUAUUAUAAGAUUUUUAAGUGUUUGUGCGUUUUUUGGUAUAUCUUGUGUAUCUUUUGGGAAAGUGAUUAAUUUUUUUCUUGACUAUGGAUGGACAGUUGUAGGCACUGUUGGUUUGCUGAGCAAUUCCAGGGCUCCUCUCUCACUACUUCAUUAGCAUCUUCUGAAGCUGAUAGCGGCCAAGGGAACUGACUCAGGCCAGGAGAAGCCAAACACUGGUAGUUCUGGGGAAACCUUUGCUUUCUUAAGAAAAGGGACAGACUUAGCUGCUGCCAUCAAUUUACCCUUCCUGCCUUGUACGUGAUGCUCGGGGCAGUCGUAACCUUUUCUCAACCACAGGGGAAAGGGCCAAAGACUCGGAGACGUGUCUUGACGUGUAUUUAAUCAACACUAGCAGCAAAUUGUCUUCAGACUUUUGCUACGUGAUAAAAAUAGAUAUGUUUUUUAUAAACUGUUGCGGGAAAGUGUAGUGUGAGAGGCUGAUCACAUCCCAGUGAAGGUCCUUGGCUUUGUGCAGGAAAGAAUUCAAGAGUGAGCUGAAGUAGACUGAAAGGUUUAUUCAGGGAGAUACACACUCCAUAGACAGAAUGUGGGCCAUCGCAGGAGGCAAGAGAGGCAGCCUGGAGGUGCGGGGUGGUUAGUUUUUGUGGGCUUGGUAAUUCCAUAUGCUAAUGAGUGGGAGGAUUAUUCCAGUUAUUUGGGGGGAAGGGCAGGGAUUUCCCAGAAUUGGGCCACUAUCCACUUUUUGGCCUUUUAUGACCAGCCUCGGAACUGUGAUGGCACCUGUAGGUUUGCUAUUUAGCAUGCAUGUUACAAUGCGUGUAUAAGGAGGCUCAAGGUCUACUGGAAGUCAAAUCUUCCAACCUCGUGGGCUUAGUUGGUUCCAAGCAAUUUAUGUCCUGUCCUCAACUGCUGUGUCAUUGUUUUAAUGGUAAUGCCUUGCUGUCCUCUUGUCUCAAAACCAUUCUAUUUUAGGUUUCUCUUGCACCUGAAAAUAUGCCUAAAUUUAUUCAGGCAUCAAAAUGUAUAAAGUAAUCCAUCUUUUUCUCUAUUAAAAUAAAUAGAAAAGAUAUUUUAAUACCUCAGUAAACUAGGUACCCCACAGAGACCUAAGUAAAGUAGAGAGAUCACAAAGUUAUACAAGAUGUGUAAUGGGUAAAAACAACCACAGAUAAUGGGUCAAUCAAUAGGACCAGGGCAGAAUACUACCUAGAGCAAAUUAUUUCCUAGUAAGACAUAAUUGAUCAAAAUUGAGGAAAAAACUGAAAAAAGUCAAUAACCAUAAAAUGAAUUGUAAAUAUCAUUACAGAGCAAUCAUGUAAAAUAUACCAGGACUAUAGGAAGCUACUUCUUAGGUGGGACACAUAAACACUGAACUAUAAAGGAAAAAUUAUAAAUCUGACUUUUUGAAAUUAAAAACUUAUCCUUUGAAAGGCAGCGUUAAGAAAAUGAAAUAACAAGACAUUGAAUGGGAGAGAAUAUUUGCAAUAGAUAUCUGACAAAAGAUUUAUAUUCUGAAAAUAUAAAUAAAUUUACAACUCAAGUGUAAAAGGGCAGAUAAUCCAAUAAAAAAUGGCAGCAAAUUCAAACAGAUUAUUCAUGAAAGAAGAUAUGAAAUAGCCAAUAAGGACAGAAAGGGUUUUCAGCAUUAGCCAUCAGGGAAAUACAAAUGAAAAUCAAAAUGAAACACCUCUAUAUAUUCAUUAAAAAGACUAAAAUUAAUACUUCAAUUAAAAAUGGGGAAAAGACUAAUAAGCAUUAAAAAAGAUUAAAAUUAAAAUGAUUGACAUCAUCAUGUCUUGGAAGAUUUGGAGCAACUGGAACUCAUACAUAACAAGUGGGAAUAUAAAAUGACACACUGUAAAGUAGUUUGGCAAAUUCUUAAACAGUUAAAUAUAAAACUACCAUACAACCCAGCCAUCCUAUUCCUGUAUUUAACCUUGAAGAAAUAAAACUUAUGUCAGUGCAAAGGCUUGUACAUGAAUACAUAGCAGCUUUAUUCAUAAUAGCCUCAAAAUGAAAAUAACCCACAUGUCCAUCAUCACGUGAAUGGAUAAUCAAAAUGUAAUAUAUUUAUAAAUGAAUACUAUAAUACUAUUUGGCAAUAAGAGGGACUAUACUAAUAUGUGUAACAACAUAAAUAAAUUAGAAAGUCAUUUUGAGUAAAAGAAACCAGACAAGAAAGAAUAUUACAUACUGCAUGAUUGUAUUUAUGUGACAUUCCAGAAAUGCAAAGUAUUAAAUAGUGAAGUGACAAAAAACAGAUCAGUGGUUGCCUGGGACUAAGGGCAAAGGGAGGGAUGGCCAGCAAAAGGAUACAAGGCAUCUUUGGAGGAUGACAAAAAUGUUCUGUAUUUUUAUUGUGUUGGUGUACACAACUGUCAAAAUGCAUUGAAUUGAACACAAUGGAUGCAGUUUAUUGUAUGUAAAUUAUAUCAAUAAAGUUGAUUUUAAAAAAUAA